UUCAUUUUCUUCUUUCUUCUUCUCACACUGUCCCCGAAACCUCUCCAAUUCUCCCCCAAAUCCUCCUCGGAAACCGAGACCGAUCCCUCUUCUCCCCGCUCAACAAUGUCCAAGCAGACCUACAGAGUCUGCUUCUGCUUCCGCCGCCGGUUCAGACUCGCCGUCGCCGAGGCCCCGGACGAGAUUCGGGGCUUCUUCAACCGCUACUCCGAGAAUGGGCUCAUGUCGGCCGAUCACCUCCGCCGCUUCCUGGUCGAGGUCCAGAAGCAGGAGAAUGCCACCCUCGAGGACGCCCAAGCUGCUAUCAACAGUCUCCAGGAGCUCAAGCAUUUGAACAUCUUGCAUCACCACAGGGGCCAGAGUCUCAACCUCGAGACCUUCUUCAAGUAUCUCUUCGGCGACAUUAACCCCCCAAUCGACCUCAAACGCGGGGUGCAGCAGGAUAUGACUGCUCCUCUUUCGCAUUAUUUCAUUUACACGGGGCACAACUCGUAUCUUACCGGGAACCAACUUAGUAGUGACUGUAGUGACGUUCCCAUCAUACAGGCACUGCAGAGAGGUGUGAGGGUGAUUGAACUGGAUAUAUGGCCCAAUUCCAACAAGGAUGGCAUUGAAGUUCUCCAUGGAAGGACACUGACAACCCCUGUGGAACUUAUCAAAUGUUUGCGGUCUAUCAAAGAGCAUGCCUUCACUGCAUCUGACUAUCCUGUAGUCAUAACUCUGGAAGACCACCUCACUCCAGAUCUGCAGGCUAAAGUAGCUGAGAUGGUCACACAAACGUUUGGAGACAUUCUGUUUUGUCCUGAUUCGGAUUGCUUAAAAGAAUUCCCCUCCCCUGAAUCAUUGAAGAAACGGAUUAUCAUAUCAACCAAACCACCAAAAGAGUAUAUGUCAGCUGCAGUUCCCAAAGACGCCCAGGAAGGUGAUUCACAAAACGGGAAAACUGCAAGUGAUGAGGAAGCAUGGGGGAAAGAAGUGCCGCAUCUUGAAGGCCCUGCUUCAGGCAAUGACAAGGAAGAAACUGAGGAAGAUGAGGAUGAUGACGAGGAAGAUCCUGACGAAGGAGUGAACAGGUUCCAGAAGUCUCUUGCACCAGAAUAUAGACGUUUAAUUGCUAUUCAUGCUGGUAAGCCUAAAGGAGGAAUGGAUGAGUGUCUCAAAGUCGAUCCUGAAAAAGUGAGGCGUCUUAGCUUAAGUGAGCAGCAGCUAGAAAAAGUUGCAGAGGAUCGGGGUACAGAUAUUGUCAGGUGUGCAAAAUUUCAAAAUCCUUUAUUCUAUGACAGAUUUACCCAGAGAAACAUUUUGAGGGUGUACCCAAAGGGCACUCGUAUUACUUCAUCCAACUACAACCCACUAAUCGGUUGGAUGCAUGGAGCUCAAAUGGUUGCUUUUAACAUGCAGGGAUUUGGAAGAUCUCUUUGGUUGAUGCAUGGGAUGUUCAAGUCCAAUGGAGGGUGUGGUUAUGUGAAGAAACCAGAUUUUCUACUGAAAUCAGGUCCUAAUAAUGAAGUAUUUGACCCUAGAGCUACGUUGCCUGUGAAGACAACUCUUAAGGUGAGGAUAUACAUGGGAGAAGGAUGGUAUUACGAUUUCCGCCACACUCAUUUUGAUCAAUAUUCCCCACCAGAUUUUUACACCAGGGUGGGGAUUGCUGGAGUCCCAGCAGAUGUAGUGAUGAAGAAAACAAAGACAAUAGAGGACAACUGGAUACCGGUUUGGAACGAAGAGUUUGAGUUCCAGUUAACAGUUCCGGAACUAGCCUUGCUGAGGCUCGAAGUCCAUGAGUAUGACAUGUCGGAAAAGGAUGAUUUUGGAGGCCAGACUGUUCUCCCUGUGUCUGAAAUACAAAGUGGAAUUCGAGCUGUUCCUCUCCAUGAUCGGGAGGGCAAGAAAUACAACAAUGUCAAGCUACUGGUGCACUUUGAUUUUGUGUGAGAUGAAAUGGGCAGAGUCGUGGAGAACUCUGAAAGGAUACAUAGGAUUCAGUCGAGGUUGCUGUGCGACUGCGUGAGCAAUAAUGGCAUCUCCCUGUUGACCUUUCUGGUGUUGCAGAUGAGGCAGGAUAUGGAAUUUGCUUUAUUUUCUUUGCCGGUUCAUUCGUCGACUCAGCCUUCAGUCACAGAAUCUCUCCUACAGUUUGUAUGGCUUAGAGUAACUUGAGCUAUCGCAGGUGAAUAUAUGUACCAUCAAACAAAACUCCGCCUGUUUGGAUAAUGGUGUGUCUCUAAGGAGCUGGAUUGAAGGUUCAUGUCGUAGUGUUGUAAAGGGUGGGUUUUGGCGUGUGUAUAUAUUGUGUAUAAAACGCAAAAUCAAAAGGCACGUGCUUGUGCUUCUUGAAGUUCAAUUAUAUUAGGUGUAGUUUGGAAGUUGUGAUUGUUCAUUUGAAUAGUGUUUGCUCUAUAUCAAAUUCAAUCUAUUAUUGACUUGUGGAAA